AUCCAGCCCCGCAUCCAGCCCCGCCGCCGCCCGAGAGCCGCCGCAGAGCUAGAAGGAAAAUGAUGAAAAUGUUACCCUUUCUCCAAAAUGGUCCUAUUGGAAUACGCAGUGGAUCAGAGGGUUGCAUUGGUCCAAACAGGCAGUUUGAAAACCCUUUGGCAUCAGUAGCUGAGCAAGUGCCUGCCUGUUCUGAAUCUUCUGUAGAUGAGAUCUGGUCCAAGAACCAGGAGAAGAUGAGUGAAAGGCCAGCGGGAGCCUGCAGAGCUUCACGUGCCUCUUCCAUCACGAGCAAUGAGAGCUGCAUCUCUGCUGGAGACAGCCCUGAAAAGGGCAGAGGGAUAACGGGAAUCCUUAGAAGUGCCUUUAAGAAAAUUAAAAAGACCAAGCCACCCAGUGUCAAACAAGUCAUGGUUCUCCUUGGAGAGCAAAAGCUUUGUGAUGCCACUCAACAUCUGAUUGCCCUGGAGAAGAGCCUGUCUAGCAAAGGUGAGGAGGGACUGAACGCCAGCCAGGAAGACAUCGAGUCUGUCUAUGAAGUUCUGAAGCACAAAGUCUUCAGUGUCUUGAAAGACUCCGUGCUGCUAGCAAAAACAAACCCAGACCUGCUGCAGCAGGCAGUGGAUGCUCUGAAAGAGCAGGAGAGAGAAGAUCAGAACUACAUGUCAGAGAAUCCACCUGACCAAAAUAUGCAAUUUAGACCUAGAAAAUGGAAAGAGCUUUGGAUGGCUACAGUAAAGGAGUCGGUAGAGGCUCGAAUGAAGGACACAAGCCGUACUCCCAUAAAUGAGAACCUCUCUGCAGUCGGCCAAAACCUCCUGCACAUGGGAAAGACAAUGAAAGAAGAUUUGACAGUGGUUGUAAAGUACAUUAAAGAGCUUUAUCCUCCUGAGUUUAAUGUGUUCAGCAUAUAUGCAGAAUUCUACCAUGAUUAUUUUGCCUCCCAGGCAAAGAAAAAUGCUGAGUCUCAUCUGGAAGACAAGGAUAUUUACCUUCUUCUCUCAUGGGUGCACAACAUUUAUCCAAGAGAUAUGAGAAAAGAUCAUGCUUUAGCCAAGGAGUUGGAUAAAGUUAAGCUUGGAAGCCUUUUGCCAUCAAGUCUGAGCAAAGAGCUUGAAAAGAAAUACCUUGACAGUGAAGAGGUUACUGUCAAAAAUUCUCUGAGCAAGUGUUUAGAUAAAGAAAUCCAAAGAUGGAAAGAAGACAAAGAACCAGAGAAGCUAAAUGGGCAUUUUCAGAGUGAACUCCUAGGAAUAUUUGUUAUCCAGAGCAUCUACAGUGGCCAGAAGCGAGCCCAGGACAUCAGCAGUGCUGUGGGGGAGGAGCUGUCGCGGCGCCUGUUGAAGGAGCUGCCUGCCUUCCUGAGGAGCUACAGGGAUGCUUUCGAAGACUUUAAGGAGAAAAGUAAGAAGCACACACACUACAAGCCUAUACUGAUUGCAAAUAUUAACAACUGUUGGAAUUUUAGAGAAUACACAGAGAAAAACAUGGCAGAAAAGGACGACGGUAAAGCCGAUAUCCUCAGCACUCUUGGCGAUAUUGAAAACAGCGGCUUUGACGUGCUGCUUCAACACCUGUUUGCCCAGCUGAAGCCGAUGUAUAAGAAGUUCACAGAAAAUAAGUGGGACUCCAGCAACGAAAUUAUGAAUGAGAUCAUUAAAACCACCAGCAAACAUAUUUCAGACUUCCGGACGUUAAGGGACCCUUUUUACCACGCUAUUGUUGAGAAGAUCCACACCCGUUUGGUUAAAGAGUACAUCGUGAGGCUGCUGAAGAGGAAAGUCAGCCUGAAAACUCCAGCACAGCAGCAAACUCUAGCCCAGCAGAUCUCCAAGAAUGCUGCUGACUUGGAAGCCUUCUGCAUGAGCAAUGGAUCUCAAGCCACGUGGCUGAAUUCAGUGCUCCCCAAACUUGCUGAAAUAAUCCGACUUCAGGAUUUAGGUGCUAUUAAAAUUGAAGUUGCAACACUUGCCACAACAUACCCAGAUAUCCGGAAAAGGCACCUGGAAGCAUUCCUGCACAUCAAAGCCAAUUUGUCCCGAAGUGAACAAAAAAGCAUCCUGGGCUACUUGGCAGACAACAAAGCCUCCACACCACCCAGGGCCAUGCUCUUCUCCAACAUAAAUGUGUCCUAGGCCAAGGCACCCCUCGGCACCCCCUUGUGCUGGACUGUUGGAUGAGCCAGGGAUGGAGGCUGUUCCCCUGGACAAAUACACAGCACACACUGCCACCUUUUCCUAUGGAAAGUGCUUUGUCUUAAUCUGGUGCUCAGCACCUCUAUGGGAAUUGCUGUUCUCCGUGUGAAGAUAGGAGGAGGGGACACCCACGAGAUGCAGUGCCUGCAAGGACUGGGACUGCUCCUCACACCAGCCAUGGAUUCCCCCCCAGAGUCUCCUUGGUGCCACCACAUUCUCUGCCUGGACACUGCCCUAGUACUCUGACCUCCACCUACCUCUCAGGAUGCCAUGAAGGCCAUGACGCUGACUCCCCAGCUAGCCCAGACCAAGCAGGCACCUGCUGUGUAGAUUUGUCUUCUAAAGAAACAGAGAGAAACAAAACUCAAGCCAAAAUUCAGAGAUGUUGGAAAAGUCCCAUGUGAGCAUGUUUGCACCCCCUUUGCCUUUCUCAGAGCCGUGCAGGGCAGCUGUGUUAGGCUAAG